UGGCUAAUGGCUAAGCCUUUGGGGUUUGUUUGAUCUCUUGACUCCCAAUAUCUGCGAGAUUUUGGGUAUCUUUUUCUUCUAAACUUUGUAAAUUUUCUCUAGAUUUUCCCUCAACUCUUAUCCUCGAUAUAUUUCGAUUUCAAAGAUUUCCCUUUUCUCUCUCUUCGUUUAUAUAAACAGUAGCAUGCAUGGGACUCAACCAGGGUUUGCUGGGAAUUGUUAACAUCUUGUUCUUGACAAGCUUCUAAGCUUUGGGUGUUUCUCUAAACUUCAAAAUUUAAGUCUUUUUUGUGGUGUUUUUUUGUAUGGAACUUGGAAGUUAGUGAAAACAAUGGUUGAAGAAGAUCAAACAACCCCAAGGUGUACCACCAGCAGUGGAAACAACAGCAAUAUCUGUAGAUCUUCCAAGAAGGAAAGGCCUAGAAAAUUACCACAGAGAGGGCUCGGUGUGGCACAGCUCGAGAAGAUGAGAUUAGAAGAACAACAAAAGAAAGAUUCAGCUUAUCUGAUUGCUGCUGCCGAUGUAUCAAUUUCCAGUAGUUCAGUCUUUAGGCCACCUUUUUCUGCUGUCUGUAAUGGGAACACUGGUGGUGUUCCAUUGACAGGCGUUAAUGGUCAUAAAUCUUGGGGUUUGAUGCCUCGUGAAACUGAGCCACUUUGUCCUUUGCCUAGUCUGAUGCAAAGGGGACAACAAUCUUCAUUUUCAAUGGUGAAUUUGUCAUCAAGAACAUCAUCAACAUCUGUAAUGAAUUUUCAGAUGGAGCUCCCUUCAAACCAAAGCUAUUAUAAAAAUUUUAAACCUUUAUUGCCUGAAGAGGACAAGGUGAUUGGCAUGAAGAGACCAUCCCCUUUCUCCUUAGACAAUGUUCCAGGCCCCCUCUUCCCCAAAAAAAAAUUAUCCUCCCAUUGUUCACUCCAUCAAUGGACAAGUUGAAGCUACUUUGAUUAGCAAAGCUACCACAUCCAACAUCUCGAGUUUCAGGGAAGGGCCUCCAUGUUCAACCUCAAAUGGGGUAUUUGCCAGAGAUUUACUCACAUUAGCCCCUCCAACAACACCACCAAUGUGUUCAACCUCAAAAUCCAAGCAGUCUCUAUCAAAUUCAAUCCCUUGUGAAUUGCCAGACCUCGAUUCAUUAGCUUAUCAUCAACGGCCUUACUAUAGCUUCUUUUCACCGGCGCAAAUUGAACGUCCAAGUGCAGUAACAAUGGCUAAUUGUAAAAGUGGAGAAGUUGCUGGACAUGUUGAUCUCAAUUUAAAGCUAUAAACUGUACACUAAAAGAAAUGAUCUCUUGUUUUUUUUU